UCGUAGCACCUUCGACCUCACCGCAGCAAAACCUCAUCCACCAAAACCUGCUCUAGUCAUUCCCCGCACGGUCUACGAUCGCCUUCACCAUGGACGCCCAGCGCGUCUCCACCGCCAAGGUCGACGUCGAUGACCCUUCCGAGGAGCUAGCCGCGGCAGAUGGCAGAAUCGAGAUGGCGCAGGAAGACAUUGAUGCCAUCAUCAGAAACAAGAGAAAAGUCAGAGAUCCGAAGGCCUGCUAUGCUUGCCAUCGCCGUAAAGUCAAAUGUGACCGCAACCUGCCCUGCGACUCUUGUGUCAAACGAGAUCACCCCGAGCUAUGUUCCUACGAACGUCCUACCAAGAAGCGUCGCAUCGCACUUACAGGUACGGUACAACAAGAUGAAGGACAAACUCAAGAUCCAGCGUUGCAGUCCGGUCCCAAUGUUACCGUGCCGCGUGAACAGUGGGAACGGAUGAACAGGGAACUGCAAAGACUGCGCGAUACGAUCAAGGGCGAAUCUCUGUCCCCGGGCGAACAUCGCGAAGAGUUGGACGAUGUUCAUCCUACAGGCACACGCAGUCGAUCAGAUGAGGCAGAAAGAGAGGGAAUCCACGCUCCCAGCAACCAAAUGGGUACCAUGCAUUUGGGUUCAAGAUCUGUUCUGGCAUACAUGAUGGCCCUCGGAAGAAGUCAAACAACUCAAGAUACGGCUCGGUCUCUGCUUGAAGAGAAUAUCCUCCCCAAAUUAGGCCUGGACAAUGAAAGCGCUACCUAUCCUUUCGUGGAUUUGUGGAGCACAGCAUCGAGCAUGCAGGAUGUCAGCGGUCUCUGCAAGGCGAUCCCGGACGAUGAAUUGUGCAGAGAAUUUUUCGUCGCUUAUCGUGAUAUUGCAGGCACUCUCUAUCCAGUCAUACCCGAUGCUGCGAGUUUCGAGGAUACACUGACUUUCAUGCUGUCGAAUCGAGCUCGUGCUCAACGCGACAAUCUAGAACUCGAUCCGAACAAGCCGUACGGAGUCUCCCUGGCCUGGCUUUCGCUUGUAUUUGCCGUUUUUGCAUCAGGGUCACAAUGUGCAGACAGACCGGCAAAGGAAAGAGAACUUACCUCCCAAGUCUACAUAUGUUGUUCGUACCAGGCACUCCGCAUGGCCAAUUUUCUUACACAUCCAUGUCUGGAAACUAUUGAGGCUUCGUUGAUCAUCGGAAAUGUGCUCUCGUACAACAUGAACCCUGGCGUUGCGUACAUUUUCCUCGGCAUGACCUUGCGAAUGGCAUUUUCUAUCGGUCUGCAGAUCAAUUCGAAUCACUUCACCGAGGCGGAAAAGUGGACUCGCAGGCGAAUCUGGUGGGCCCUAGCCUGGCAAGACUCGCAUUUCGCCGUCAGCUACGAUCGCCCAACUUCAAGCGUGUUAUGCAUACCCGAUAUCCCUUACGGCAAGUACAGCUCCCCGGGAGAUCGAAGCUAUGCCGAAAGCAUGUUUGCCAUUAUCAAAGAGACUCAAGAGAUCGUCCGAGAACGUCUACUCCAUCCUCGAUCUUAUAUGACCUGGGAAACCAUCCGAAAAUAUACCGACGAGAUCGCCAAUAUUGUUGCUCUGGGUGCAGAUCACCUACGAGAUCGCAACAAAUGCUACAGGACAACCCAACAUCUGGAGCGUCUUGCUCUAAGACUCCAUAGCUCCUACAUAGUAAGUGAGCUAUGUCGGCCAGCCUUGAAGGAACCGUCCGCGUCAUCAGGAGAGGGCGCCACUGCAUCGAAUCUCACUCCGAUUCAAUCCCCUGGCGGCAGGCGCAAGUCAUCUCAUCCCAAUCAGUCACCUCAUUCCCCGACUUCCGACGCUGCGGUCCGAGCACAACUCCGACGUGAUUGCGUUCAAGCUUUGGAGGCAGCUGUGGCUGCAUAUGUUGAGCUCCAUUCGCGAAGCAAAUUCGCCGCUCGAUCUUGGAUUGGGAUUCAACGAGCCAUGUCUGCCGCUUUCUUGUUGGGCACUUUGCCAGACACUGGCUCGGAUCAGCAACGACUAACUCUACUUCGCGAGCUCGAGCAAGUCAUCGCCCAGCGGACAACAGAGGACCCUACUUUUGACCUCCAACCUCAAGAUGGACCUCCUCAGCGGCGUAUGUCUGCCACCGCGCCACCGCCUUUGGCAGAUUCGCCGCACUGGGUACGCAGUAUGGCCAAAUCCCUCAAUGCACUUGGAAAGCUGAAUGCCACUCUCAAUGGAUCCAACCCCGCUGCAAAACACUCAUAUAUCCAAAAUGCCAAUGGCCAAGCCAAAUCAUCCGGCGUCCUCAUGAAUGUGGGCGGCAGUUCGGCACAGUCACAGACUCAAUCCAAUCUACGAUGUGCUUUCCCGGGGCUCGCGAACCUCAAGCAAGAACCAUACUCCCCAGCUUUAGCAACAAGUGGAAUACUCAGUGGAAACUCGGGUAUGUCUGGAGGCAUGGGGUUAGGUCCUAUCACACCAGACAGUACAGGUUCGAGUGAUUGGAACUUUGGCAACUUGCACGAACGUGCUGCCGAGUUCGUACAAGCCCCCCUGUGGGGUGAUGCUGGCGUUGGUAGCUUCCCAGCUUAGGAACGCGCUGGAAGGCAGGAGUUUCAAGCGUCCUGGUCAACGAGGCUGGGACUAUGACAUUCGGAGCUGAAAGCAUGCAUGCCAGCAGACAAUCUGCCUUGGGACAACGGAACAACCAAACAACAAAACAAUAUUAGCUACCGAGAAGGAGCCGAAUUACAGACAGUACGAUGCUAUGACUAUGACUGGAUGGAGCAAUGUUUUCAUAUUGAUACACCCC